UACUGGAUCAGCAAAACGCAACACACACCUGUCGAGCAGGCGGAGCGUCGCAAAGCGGUUAUGCUGUGGAUGCACGGAGGCGGAUAUUGUUUCGGAAAUGCGCUUCAGCCAUUGUCCACGCUUCUUCGGGUAACAGAGGUAGCUGAAGGAGUUGGCGUGGAUCUUGACAUUCUCUCAAUCGAAUAUACGCUUGCUCCCGAUGCCAUGUUUCCACAACAGCAGGAACAGGCCGUUGCAGCAUACCGCUACUUAAUCGAGGACGAGCACAUUGAUCCGGGGAGCAUCAUCGUGGGCAACGAGUCUGUAGGCAGCCAUCUCGCUCUAUCAUAUCUGGUAGGUCUUUCCAAAAAGGGUACCCUCGGCCAAUGCGAGCGUUGCUCCUGUGUCCUUGGGUCAACCUGAGAAACUCGAGAUCGUCUUUUAUUCUCGCAAUAAACACCUAGAAUUCCUCGACAAAAAGACAUUUGGAUUGAUGUGCAUCCUUUCCCGUGGGUGAGGAUGGCUUCCGGCAGAAUGAGUUAGUGAAACUUAAGCAUGCUCUCCGGUCGAGGCUGGAAUUGGGGACAAGCACUGCCUGUGAGGACAUGGGUUAAUGUCGGGUCUCAUGAUUUGUUUAUUGAGGAUAUAUGUUGUCUUAAAAGAGAAUGCAACUGCAGAAGGGGCAAACGUGGAGCUAGACAUUGCGGAAGGGAGACACCACGGAUGGCAGGCAAUGGCGGACGCCUCUAAUUCUGGUUCGUAUUUUGCAAGUGGGCCCCGAAAGAAAGCAUUUCGGAGGGUAUGUUUGUUAGAAGUGAGAAUAUUGUCAAGGGUUUGUUCAUAUUCUAGAUUUUAAUACCCAAAAAAGGAAAGUGAAAUUUGUG